GGCCGCUCGCCCCGCGCCUCCCCAGCCGCCGACAAGCCAACACAGGAUGAGGACACCUGCCUUAGCCGCCGCAGCGGUCCUGCUCCUGGGCUCUGUCAUCCUUGUCUCCCCCGCUAAGCUUCCCUCCUAUAUCAAGCCUUGCAAGCGAAGCGACCCUAAUCUGAAUGCGUGUGUCUUCAAACAUGGCAUGGAGGCGUUACCCUUUAUUAUAAGAGGCGACCCGAAGUACGGCAUCCCCAAGCUCGACCCCUUGGUCAUCGAGAAGGUCGUGGUGGGAGACAGUAAAGUGAGCUCUAGCGGCCUGGGCCUAACCUUUACUUGCAACAAGUGUCGACUUCUGGGACUCAGGGACAUCCAGCCUUUAGGGGUCAGUAUCGACUUAGAGAAGAGGCACCUGGAGCUAGAGGGCAAGCUGCCCAAACUCCAGGUAUCGGGCAAGUACACGGCCAGAGGCAAGGUGCUUAUUCUGCCCAUCGAAGGCGCGGGCAAUUCCGAUCUGACUAUUACUGACCUGCAUCUGGUGUACAAGGCAGAGUUCGACCUGCGCAAGGGCAAGGAUGGGCGCGAUCACGCCCGUAUCAAGGAUCCCUCUCUGGACUUCAAAGCGGGCGGCUUCAACAUCAAAUUGACCAACCUCUUCAAGGGAGAUGAGAACUUGGGUAACCAGAUGAACUUGUUCCUGAACAAUAACUGGCGCGAUGUCAUGGCAGAGUUCGGACCCGCUAUCAGCGAAGCUGUCACUAGAAUCGCUACUCUCAUUGUCAACAAUGUAUCCGAGAAAGUGCCUUUUGAUGAAUAUCUUCUUAAUCAGUGAUCUUAACAAGAAAUCAGUUCUUUUCAUCACAACAUCUCUCAUUUAUUUAUAAAUUUUUUAGUGUAAUACUUUUCGUUUCCAUAAAAUCAGACACAACGCGUCCCUACAUAAUUUGAGGUUUUCAUGAGUAUGUAUGUGUAUGGUUGACUUAUUUUUCAAAACUGGAAACGUUGGAUUCUUUU